CUGGAAUCGCACGCUCCAUGAACCCCAGCACUUCGGAGUAGAGGCAGGGCAUCCCCUCGCUCAGUGGGUGGAUCCACCAGUGACAGCUGCGCUGUGAUUGGCUGCUCCAGGAGGAGGCUGCCAUGACACAGUGGAUGCUGCACAGAAUCAGAUCCACAGCAUCAGCAGGCAGUGGACCUCUAUCCUCCUUGUUAUCCCUCUCUCUUUCUCUUUUUUCUCCUCCUUUGCCUCUCCUCCUCAUCCUUGCUCUCUCUUCUCUCUUCCUUCUCCUCUCCCUCCGAAAGACACGCAGGCCUGCUCAAGCACACUGCAGCAGAGGACAUACACACACCAGCAGGAAUAGCAGCAGCAGCAGUAGCAUCAUCAUCAGCAGCAGCAGGCGGACUGGGAUCUGGAAAGUAGGCAGAGAGGGCUACCACACCCUGGGAGCAUUACAGAGCAACACAAGCAUUUCAUCCACUUCUCCCUGCCUCCACAUCUUCUACCUUACCACUUUCCUCUUUUGUAUCCUCUUUUUCCUCUUCCUCUGUUCUGAAACAUCUCUUUCUCCUCCCUCUCCAUCCCCAUCUCCAUCUACCCUCCACACCUCCUUUUCCCCCUGGCUUGCUGGUUUCCCAGGAUGCCUUGUUACAGGCCGCUCCGCUAGGCCCUAGCAGCAUGGGCGGAGCCUGGGUGGGGAGAGAGAACACGGAUUGGACCCUUCCCCUCAGGACGGGCACGCUGGCGGAUCACCCUCCCUCAGCUUCAGAUGGGCGAGGACGCUGAGAGCCCCAAAAUCAACCACACCUUCCUACGAGACUACGUCACUGAAGCUGAUGUCAUCUCUACGGUGGAGUUUAACCAGACAGGGGACCUGCUGGCGACGGGGGAUAAAGGUGGCCGAGUGGUCAUCUUCCAGAGAGAGACUGAAUCUAAAGGGGAGUCAGAGGAGGCUGGGGAGACCGGGGACUCUGGGGAGUACAAUGUCUACAGUACGUUCCAGAGCCACGAACCAGACUUUGACUACCUGAAGAGUCUGGAGAUUGAAGAAAAAAUCAACAAGAUCAGAUGGCUGCCACAGCAGAAUGCUGCACAUUUCCUCCUCUCCACCAAUGAUAAGACCAUUAAACUGUGGAAGGUGAGCGAGAGAGACAAGAGACCAGAGGGAUACAACCUGAAAGAUGAGGAGGGACGGCUCAAGGACAUCUCUACCAUCACCUCUCUGCAGGUGCCGGUGCUGAAACCCACAGAUCUGAUGGUAGAGGUCCGUCCUAGACGAGUGUUUGCUAAUGGACAUACCUACCAUGUCAACUCCAUCUCAGUCAACAGCGACGGAGAGACCUACCUGUCCGCUGAUGACCUCCGCAUCAAUAUGUGGCACCUGGGCAUCACGGACCGCAGCUUCAACAUUGUGGACAUAAAGCCAGCCAACAUGGAGGAUCUGACGGAGGUGAUAACAGCAGCGGAGUUCCACCCUCAGCACUGCCAUGUGUUUGUGUACAGCAGCAGCAAGGGCACCCUGCGUCUCUGUGACAUGAGAGCCUCCGCGCUCUGUGACAAACACACCAAAUCAUUUGAGGAACCUGAGGAUCCCGGGAGCCGGUCAUUCUUCUCAGAGAUCAUUUCCUCUGUGUCAGAUGUGAAGUUCAGCCACAGUGGACGCUACCUGCUGACUAGAGACUACCUCACCGCCAAGGUGUGGGACCUGAACAUGGACAAGGGCCCUGUCGAGACGUACCAGGUCCAUGAAUACCUAAGGAGCAAGCUGUGUUCCCUCUAUGAAAAUGACUGCAUCUUUGACAAGUUUGAGUGUGUGUGGAACAGCUCAGACAGCGUGAUCAUGACAGGGGCAUACAACAGCUUCUUCCGGAUGUUUGACAGGGAGACGGGGCGAGGCGUAACCCUGGAGGCGUGGCGGGAGAGCAGCAAGCCUCGGGCAGUGCUGCGGACCCGCCGUGUGUACACAGGCGGCAAACGUCGCCGUGGAGAUGUCGGCGUUGAUAGCUUGGACUUCACCAAGAAAAUCCUGCACAUGGCUUGGCACCCGUCUGAGAAUAUCAUUGCCAUAGCAGCCACCAACAACCUGUACAUCUUCCAGGAUCGUGUCAACCCUGAGACGCAGACACAGUGACAGGGGUGGGACAAACACACUGCUUUUAUUUAACUGUCACAAAUACACAAAUGGUGACUCAAAUAUAUUUGGAUGUCUUAGAGGAGGCAUGGGGAGUGGACAGUCUUUAUGAGAAGAUGAAGUCAAAGCCAAGCUGCUUCACAACAUACUGAGAUGCUCUGUUUGUGUUGUUAAAAGAUUGGAUUAAUGAUACAAUGACAGCACUGUUAAUUUAUUUGAUCCCCAUGGAAGGCGUAUAAUAAUUUUUUUCAACACUAAACUGAUGUCUUCACCCAUCAGGACAUGUUUUUGGUCCCACCACUCCCACUUUUUGAAGAUAUUUGUGUAACUGCUCCACUGUAGGGGCAAUAAAAGAGGUGCAGGGACACCUCUCCGUCUGUAAUGACUCAGUGCUGUUGACCACACAAUGUUGCACUCCUCACUGAUGUGCUCUGGUACCUUUUGACACAGAAUGGAAGAUGUGUGCUGUGUAGCAACAGGGAAGGCAUGUCUGAUGCUAUAAAACAUGAUGGUCUUGUCAUGGUUGGACCGUGCAUUCUGUCUCCAGUUGCUCAGUGACUUUACCAGAUCUAACUCAAAGCAUUUUUUUCACAAUUGUGACAUAUUAGGAGUGGUGUUAUUGUACAGUUCUUCACAACAUCAUCCUCAAUCUUUUUUUUUUUUCUCUGACACAAUCAGCUGAACCUCUCUCCUUUAGAGCAGUGCUCUUGGAGAUUGCACGCAUAAAUGACCCAUAAUCUUAGCCCUAUCCACUUUGCAAUAAUAGCACUAACAAAAACACAGUGCAGCAGUAUUUCUGCUUCAAAACACGAGCUCUUCUACAGGUGACACACACUCUUUUUACUGUAAGCUGUAAAUAGUCUGUGUUGUUUUUUUAAGGCGGACCAGUUUUGUUUCUAGAGAGCUAAAAGUGUAAAGGAGACAUUUUGUCUAGUAUACUUCAAAUGAACCUGGAAUCUCAUUUAUAGAAAGAACCCACUAUUGCAGGACUUGAUGUAGAAGCUUUUGCUUGCAGGUAUUGCUGGCCAUAGAAAGGGAAUUGUGCGCAAACCACCACUUAGUGUUUUAUUGUGUUUUGUUUAGGCUUGUAUUGGGUUUUUGGCAGCAGUAUCAAGGCAUUUCCUUGUGUAAAGUCUCCAUAAAUUAUUGUAAAAGACUGACACAGCUUGUACACUUUGAGCUCUCUCACACAUGCUCUUAUUGAGGCUGAUCGGUGGUUACAUCUAAUAUCGGCAAACGUUUGAUUAUAAGUGUUAUACUGAUUUAAAAUGAGCAGUGUUCGUUUUAUAACGCAUAAGCACAUUUUAAAGAAGUAUCUUACAAUCAAGAUAAUUAUUAAAUCUAAGCACAUUGUGCAUAAAUGAAGCCCCCUGAAUCAAAGUUUUGAUGACAAAGUUGUGUCUAGUGUGUUAGAAGGCUAUCAUCAGUGCAAUAGCUCAUUAGGUACAUUACUGAAAUGUCUUUAAAUGUCUUUAACAUUGAAACCAUAAUGUCAUGAAUUUAUCAUAUCACAGGUUCUUAAUGUCAUUAUACUGUAUACCUCACAGUGCAACAUGCUACUCUGGGGUGCGACACUGAAAACCAGGAUGUACAGCAGUAAGGUGAUGUCUGAAUUGUGUGACUUGGUCAAUCAUUGAUUGUUUACAGUGAAGUGCUUUGUUUUCAAGUGACCUUGGCCCUGAUGGGAUUAUUGUAAGUGGUCUGGAUGUGUAGCAGGUGAAGUAACAGAAUCAGUGGAAAGUAUCAAGUACCUUUGUGAUUUCAAAACUGAAAAGUACAGUUCACUCACUGUGGAAACCUUUGAUCCCAAGAAAAGAAAUUUGUUGUCAUCUCUGUUUCACUUGUUUGCUCUCUGCUCACUUUUCACCGUUUUUGGUUUCAAAAUCAGUGUUCACAGACAUUUAUGUUACAGCCUGUGAGCUAAGAGGGUUCUCUUAUGGGCACCCAGACUAUGUUUCUGUCAUCACUGUCUGCUAAUGUUGUUGAAUGCAGACACAAUCCUGCACUGAUUUGACAGUUUGACAGUUUGACAAAGUGUACAACAUAGUAAAAUCCAUGACAAAGAGAACCCACAAGAAAAUGGUUUACAUAACAAGAACAUAUAAAACAUAUAAGUUCCAGGACUCAGUCCUCCAAUGGUGAGUUGUAUUGUAGAGCAGUUGUAAUCGCAUCAUAACCACCACCACCACCUAAAACCAGUGAGAGGAUUUGUGUUCAGGAGCACAGCAGCAGCAGCAUGUUGCCAUUACUCAAUGCUACUAGCGUGUAUAUCUAUCAUAGUUUAAAAAAAGACAAAUCUAACAAUACAAAAAACAUAACUCAAAUGAGGUGAA